UGCCCUGCGGUGGAUUUUCCAACAUCCAAGAUGUCCCAGUCGUCCACCGCUGAUGAGGGUCCAACCUUUGAGCACUUGUGGAGUACCCUUGAGCCCGACAGCACGUAUUUUGAGCUUCCUCAGGCGGGACACUCAGGGGACAGGGCUUCCAGCAGCCUGCCCGGCAACCGCGCUGAGGUCUGCAUGGACGUCUACCACAUGAGAGACAUGAGGGACAUGAACGACAACGUCAUGUCUCAGUACAGCCUACUGAGCAGCAGUAUGGACCAAGGUUUGGGAAACAGAGCAGCGUCUACCAGUCCCUACAGCUCAGAGACCACCUCCAAUGUGCCAACGCCGUCGCCGUACUCCCAGCCAAACUCAACCUUCGAGGCCAUGUCUCCAGCUCCAGCGAUCCCUUCAAAUACAGACUACCCCGGGCCGCACAACUUCGAGGUCACUUUCCAGCAGUCCAGCACCGCCAAAUCAGCUACCUGGACGUACUCUCCAUUGCUCAAGAAGUUAUACUGUCAGAUCGCAAAGACUUGUCCAAUUCAGAUCAAACUGGCAUCUUCACCCCCAAACGGCAGUGUAAUCCGAGCCAUGCCGAUCUACAAAAAGGCUGAACAUGUCACAGAGGUGGUCAAACGCUGUCCGAAUCACGAACUCGGACGGGACUUCAACGAAAGUCAGACUGCUCCUGCCAGUCACUUGAUACGAGUGGAAGGCAAUAAUCUGUGUCAGUAUGUGGAUGACCCAGUAACAGGUCGACAGAGUGUUCUAGUCCCUUAUGAAUCUCCACAGGUGGGCACAGAGUUCACGACCAUUCUGUAUAAUUUCAUGUGUAACAGCAGUUGUGUUGGAGGAAUGAACCGCAGGCCAAUCCUCAUCAUCAUCACGCUGGAGACACGAGAUGGCCAGGUUCUUGGUAGGCGCUCAUUUGAGGGCCGGAUUUGCGCCUGUCCGGGUCGCGACCGAAAAGCAGACGAAGACCAUUUUAGGGAGCAACAAGCUCUAAAUGAGAGCGUGGCCAAAAAUGGAAAUGCCAAUAAACGAAAUUUUAAACAGACUCCAGCCAAUAUUACAGGCCCUUCCAUCAACAUCAAGAAGAGGAGGCAUGGAGAAGAGGAGAUGUAUUACAUACCAGUGCGCGGCCGGGAAAACUUUGACAUCCUGAUGAAGAUAAAGGACAGUUUGGAGCUUGUAGAGUUUGUGCCACAACAGUUAGUGGAUUCAUACAGACAACAACAGCAGCAGCUCCUCCAGAGACAAAGUCAUGUCGCCUCUCCGUCUUCAUAUGGGACACUUAAUAACAUGAAUAAGAUUCACGGGCCAAUCAGCAAACUCCCUUCAGUGAAUCAGCUCGUAACACAACAGACGCAGCAGAACGCAGGACCCUCCGCAUCCUUAUCACAUAUGGGUGCGAACAUGUUGGGUGGACACCACAUGCAGUCUAACGGCGAUGUGAAUGGCGCUCACCAGUCCCAGUCUAUAGUGUCCACCUCUCACUGUACCCCUCCCCCACCUUACAACCCCGACCCCAGCCUCGUCAGUUUCUUAACCAGCCUGGGCUGCCAAAACUGUAUCGACUACUUCACGUCUCAGGGACUCCAGAGUGUGUACCACCUUCAGACUCUUUCUAUGGAGGACCUUGGGGCCCUGAAGAUUCCUGAGCAGUUCCGGCUGGCGAUCUGGAGGGGUCUGCAGGAAAUGAAGCAAGGCCACGAUUACGGCCAGCAGCUGAUCCGCUCAAGCAGUAACAUGGCCACCAUGGCCAUCGGCCCCAGCGGAGAACUGCAGCGGCAGCGCGUCAUGGAGGCCGUGCACUUCAGAGUCCGCCACACCAUCACCAUCCCCAACCGCGGACCGGCCAACGGACCUGAGGAAUGGCCCGACUUCGGCUUUGACAUGCCCGACUGCAGGUUACACAAACACUCCAUUAAAGAGGAGUAUGCCGAAGGCGACGUUCACUGAGAAGAGCCGCCUUUAUUUUUCGACACGCAUUUCUAUAUUGUACGUAUUGGGUCGUUGAAACUACAGCAGACGGUUUAUAUUUUCAAUAUAGUAGCACUUCUGUACUUUUUAGUUCCAGACAAAACAUUUUAUUUGAUUGUCAUUCGUGGCCUUACGCUAAUAUUACAAUCACAAACAACAACAAAACAGUCAAUUUAAAGUCAUUCCUUAAAAAUAACGAUAUUGGUGGUAUGUAGAUUUUUGAAUGGGUAGAAGCCAUGUGACAUUUCAGAAUAUUGCCUUAUUUAUUAUUUGGCUUGGUGUAAAUAAUAUUUGUGCAAUUGUGUAUGAUAUUGAUGCAUGUAUGUUCGAAACAAGUGUGAAGUUGUAGAUUAAGUAAAUGCUUUGACUUAUGAAUCAUACUUUAUAUUUGCAGAUUUUGAUAAGCGCGAGUUUAUCGAAGCCAUAUGUGUGUGACUUGAUCAAAAAGCAUUAUGUAGUUGAAAUAUUCUCUCGUUACAAUAUGUCAUCAUUUAUAAGAGAUUCAUCAGAGUUUUACAAUGAAGAGAGCCAUUCGGAAGCGGGAUUCCACCACAGAAUAAAAAAAUAAAUCAAACUUUCAGAAAAUUGGCAGAAUUUUUAUCUUACAAUUCAACGUGGAACAGACAGAUUUCUUGCAUUACUGUUGAUUGUUUAAAAAAAUAAAAUGAUAAAUUUUAUUUAAAUAAUAUACAGUGGUCCCUUGUUAAUCACGGGAGUCAAAAUCCGCUAAGUAGUUAGCUUUAUUUUUUCAAUUAUUAUAGAUGAUUUAAGGCUGUAAAACCGAAUGUAACAAACCGAAGUUUAAUUUAUUCAGUAAUGGCGCCCUACAGUCACGUAACUUCAACCUUUCAUUUAGUAUGUCCAGAAGCCCCACUUUUUGUGCGAUGGUUAACAUCUUCCUCUGUCUUUAGGGUGUUACCACAGGUGCCUUUGAGGGUGCAGAACAGUCGUCGACAUUAUGGGGUUUGUUGCAAGCAUACAGUACAGCACUUCAGAGUCACACUGCUAGCGAUAGAAUUAGAUUUAUUGUCCACCCCCCAACCGCCCCUACUGUUAAAUGAAAUUUACGCCCAUGGAGCAGAUGAUCUGAAUCAGGUGUGUUUGGUUAAGGAGACAUGGUAAAUGUGCAGAGCUGGUGGUUCUCCUGGAAUGUGGUUGAGAUACACUUUUAGGAUAUUUAGCACUUCUACGUUUUCAGACUUUUCUCAAAUUUGUGACUUUUUCUUGAAAUUCUUAGUAUUUAUUUUGAGUUAACAUGUAACUAAAAAAACUUACAGACUACCAGGCAAUUCUUUAAAUAAACGACAGAAUCAUGAGAACUAUCAAUUGCAAUUACAAACCCAGAACUAAUAUAUUAAAAUGUUUUUAUUUUUAUUCUGUGGUUGAAGCAAGCUUCCGCACUUCCAAACACACAUCACAUCAAAUCAUACACAGCUAACAAAUACAUCUCUCUCUGUUUUUUUUUUUUUUUUACGAGACACUUUUCAGUUUUGUUUUGUUUUGUGCCGUACACUUAAUGUUUUUAAGUUUUAUUAUAUGAAUUCAUACGUUAACAUUGGAUGGUCAAAAGUGUUGUUCAUAAGUAAAUAUCUUUAAAUUCACCUUUUUUGUGGUAUUAGCCUUGCAGGACGAGGUUUUAUUUAUCAUGCGGUACUGUUUAUAAUGUCUGUUUGACGUCUCGCAGGAUUAACCACUGACGUCUUGUUAUUUUGUUUUGUUUAAUCGUGUUAAUUUUAAAAAUAAUAAUAAUAGUCAGAUUAUGUCACAGUCAAGGUAUUAAAGUCUUCAUUUGAGCACAAAAACAACACAUCCAGGUCACAAGGAUAAAAAAAACAGACAUAUAUAUAAUAAUAAUACAUUCAAAUUGAUUAUAGACAUUAGAGCCAUUAUGUUUUUUGAAACCAUUAUUUACAUAAUUAUUUUUGCACCUUUUACAAACAAUUUCGAGCAUUAGAGUUCAUGAGGUCUUUAAUCUAGUUUUGAACUAAGAAAAUGUGUCUGAGCUUUGGGUAUCACCAGGAAAGCUGUUCUGGAGCCAUAUAUAAGAAGACUCGACCUCUUUUAGUGGACUUUACUAUUCUACCAAGGCAUUUUGGAAGAAAAAAAUGCCAAACUAUAAAAACAAAAAUCAUUAUUAUACUAAAAAUUUAUUUUAUUUUUAUUUUAUACACUACCUGACAAAAAAACUUGUCGCCUAUUUGAGUUUUAUGAUUUAAUUAGGACAGUAAGGUCUGACUUUGCUUUGACAAAAGUCUUGUCACUGAACAGACAUAAUGAACAGUAUAGAAUAUAGAAAUGCUGCAGUGGAAACAGAACGAAUAUUCUGUAUGACUUCCAUGAACUUGGAGGACUGCAUCCAUACAUCUCUGCAAUGACUCAAAUCACUUAUUCAUCAAGUCAUCUGGAAUAACAAAGAAAGCGUUCUUGCAGGAAUCCCCGAGUUCAAGAUUCUUUGGAUUCAUCUUCAAUCAAUGCAUCUUCUCCUUCAUUUUACCCCAGACAUGCUUAAUAAUGUUCAUAUCUGGUGACUGGGCUGGCCAAUCCCGGAGCACCUUGACCUUCUUUGCUUUCAGGAAAUUUGAUGUGGAGGCUGAAGUAUGAGGAGAGCUAUCCUGCGGAAAAAUUUGCCCUCUCCUGUGGUAUGUAAUGUAAUGUAAUGUGCAGCACAAAUGUCUUUAUACCUCAGACUGUUGAUGUUCCACCCACCCUGCAGAUCUCUCGCACGCCCCCAUACUGAGUGUAACCCCAAACCAUGAUUUUUCCUUUACCAAACUUAACUGAUUUCUGUGUGAAUCUUGGGUCCAUACGGGUUCCAAUAGGUCUUUGCAGUAUUUGUGAUGAUUUGGAUGCAGUUCACCAGAUGAUUCAUCUGAAAAAAAUUGACUUUCUGCCACUUUAACAAAUGAUCAACUGGAAGUCAAGUUAUUAAUAGUUGCUCUUACAACCGGGAUCGAUGACAAGACUUUUGUCAGGUAAUGUAGUUGAAAUGUGACUUGGACAUAAUUUCUUGGCCAAUAAUUACUCAAACAUUACCUCGCAAUUAUAAUAAUAAAUAAUCAAGGGAAAACAAAAAGUAUUUCAGACAGAGCCACAAUGAGGAACAUCAUCUUAUUUGAUAUAUAAGGAAUGUAUUUAUUAUCUGUAAAAACUGUGUAUAAAACUGAACUAAGGGCCGUGUUGAACUUUGGUGAGCUGUAUGUAGUCAAAGAAGCAUUUGUAAAUAUUUAGUGUUAUUAUUCAUGUAACAAGAACAACAGAUUAAAAAUUGGAUCCCAGAAGAUUAAAUUAAUUAAUUAAAUUUUUUAAAAAAAGACAUAUUUUAAAAUGGUGGUGAUGGUGAAACACCAUCAUACAGAUCCAAGCACUUUACGGCUUUAGGAUAUUGUAAACGUUGUAAUAUUCACAGUUAACAUCAAGUCAGUAUUAUCAUGUCUUUUUUGUGUGUCAUUUUUGCAGAUUUUAGAAAUGUUUUUAAGAUGUUUAAUAUGUUGUGUUUUCUUUAUUCAAGAGCUGUAAUGCCGUUUCUUUUUUAUAUCGCGGAGUUUGAAUUAUGUAAAGUGUUUUCCUUUUCAAAUAAAUACAAAA